CUGUCUACCCAUUUGUUGUGAGCUACAGUAUGUAUAAAUCUCCGUACCCCUCGCUCUCUUAGGAGUAUCAAUCGGUGUGGUGUCAAUCACAGCGGCGGCUUCCCUUUCAUCUCGAUCCUCCCAGUCGCUGCGAGAGAGAAGGCAGAGAGAGAAGAGACAGAGGACGGGGAAGGAGAGCUACAUUUCUUACGGAGCGGUGCUCCAAUUUGGAAGUCGGUCCACAGCGUAUCGGUUUAUAACGCACUCCUCGAUCUUUUGUAUAGUUUAUUACUUUUUAUUUAGCCGUUAUUCAGUUCAAGUAUCUAUGUUCAUUCUAAUAGGGAUAGAUGCGCAGUAUUGUUUAAGUGGGGGAAAUAAAUAGUGUUCUACUUGUGGCAAACAGGCAGCACGAGAUUCAGAGACGCGUUUUUUAAAUUAGAUUUUUCCUUAUUUUUUUUCCACGAAAGGACUGCAACUCUCACAGGACCCCAGAACGAGGAAAUAUAAGCAGAAGUUUUUUUCUACAUGCACUUUGACCGUUAGCGGAGCUCCCGGGUGUGUGCCCUCCUCUGCCAAAUCUAACGGCACAUCUGACUCUCGUGAUGAGGUUUUGACUUCUGACAUUUUAAAGAGCCGAACUGGCGAGUGCCGCGGGUUGAGCGUGCACUACACAUCCGCUUUUGCCGAUAACAUCUUCAAUUUCGGAUAUUUAGAAUUUGAAUUGUAAGAAUCCAUAAUAUUUCGAAAAACAACGACAAAAAAGGAUCUCCUGUUAAUUUAGCUAAAACAAAAAACGUGGUCGCACGCAGUUUCCUCCAGGGUACAGAGCGCAACACUUCAAGCCGCAUCAAGGAACAUUUUUGGUUUCCUUUUGGGGAUUUCGAUAGUUCCUCCAAUUUGGACAGUGCGAGUACUUCGACUGAAUCAAAAUGCCACAACUAGCAGGUGGUGGUGGUGGCGGGGACCCUGAGCUUUGUGCCACCGACGAAAUGAUUCCGUUCAAGGAUGAGGGAGACCAAGAACAAAUAUUCGCAGAACUCAGUCACUCAGAGGAAGACGAGGGAGACUUGGCAGAUAUCAAGUCAUCUUUAGUAAAUGAGUCAGAGACGAGUCCAAACAGCAAUCAUGAUGGAACUAGACAAUCCCAAAUAUCCCAAGACUCAUAUCAUGAAAAACACAGAGACCAUCACGACGAUGGGAAACACCUAGACAUGUACAACAAAGGUCACCAAUACUCUGGAUACCCAGGUUACAUCAUGAUGACUAAUAUGAACAACGACUCCUACAUGAACAACGGCUCCCUGUCGCCGCCCAUGCCCAGAACGUCCAAUAAGGUUCCGGUGGUACAGCCGUCCCAUGCGGUCCAUCCGCUCACCCCCCUCAUCACGUACAGCGACGAACAUUUCGCCCCCGGACCCCACUCUGGACACCACCCCCAGGACGUCAACCCCAAACAAGGACAGUACCACUCAUCCUGUCUCUCUACAGGCAUGCAGCGGCAUCACCCCGGGCCGGACAUGACCAACUUCUACCCCCUCUCCCCUGGAGGAGUGGGACAGAUCACGCCCCCACUGGGAUGGUUCUCCCACCACAUGGUCCCGGGUCCCCCAGGCCCCCACGCCACAGGGAUCCCCCACCCGGCCAUCGUCAACCCCCAGGUCAAACACGAGCCCCAGCACGACAACGACCUGAUGCACAUUUUUGCCAGGAAGCCUCAGCACCAGGAUCAGAGGAAGGAGCAGGAGCCCAAGAGACCCCACAUCAAGAAGCCGCUGAAUGCCUUCAUGCUGUACAUGAAGGAGAUGAGGGCCAACGUGGUGGCAGAGUGCACGCUCAAGGAGAGCGCCGCCAUCAACCAGAUCCUGGGACGGAGGUGGCAUGCUUUAUCCAGAGAAGAGCAAGCUAAGUAUUACGAAUUAGCCCGCAAGGAACGGCAGCUCCACAUGCAGCUCUACCCAGGCUGGUCCGCCAGAGAUAAUUAUGGAAAGAAGAAGAAGCGGAAGAGGGAGAAGAUACAGGAACCGGCUGCAGACCCCCAUAGAACUCCAUUUGACCCCUCCGCCCUCAGUAGAGUGGGCUUUCAGAACCACCAUGCAGGUACAGGCCAGAGAAUGAAAACGGCGUACAUCUGAGCAUAAAUGGGCAGAACUUACAACGAAAUCAAACCCUGAACCAGACAAAGGUUUUCUGCUUGAUUGAUUCUUGACCGGUGGCUCCCCCCGCUGUACCUAAAUUGGACCGCUUUUCUCUUAUUCGCCGGCCGCACUUCGCCUCUGCCUCUUUUCAAAGGCGGAGAGACUUUAUCCGUGAUCCAAUAAUUAGCUGGGUCUAUCCGAGGCGGGAUGGACACCACGGCUGAUUCAUUGUGACAACCUUAAACUCAUAUGCAUAAUACCAGAGAGGACUGCCACGACUCCUCAAUUUAUGUAGAUCCCAAAGAGCCUGGAUUGAGGUUAGCGUUUGGCAAUGCAGACUUCAGGCAGCGAACGUCUUUAAAUUAAAUGAACUUACUUGUCUAUUUCUUUUUAUAUCCGCCCUCGCCUCGAUUGUAAUGGUUUUGUAGUGGUUUUGUAAUGGUUUUGUAGUGGUUUUGUAAUGGUUUUGUAAUGGUUUUGUAGUGGUUUUGUAAUGGUUUUGUAAUGGUUUUGUAGUGGUUUUGUAUGGUUUUGUAAUGGUUUUGUAGUGGUUUUGUAAUGGUUUUGUAGUGCAUCUAUCUAUUCACUUUGAAAGGACACACCGGAUGUUCUUGUUUAUUUUUGUUGAUAUUGUUUGCACAUUAAUUUGCAGGGAAUGAUGAAUCAGAAUACCCUUUUAAAGGAGAGUAGGGUAAGGAUCAAUACAACUCUUCUGUACAGAUGUAAAUGUCUGGAUGAAAAGGCCACACCAAUGAGUGCAGCAGUUCAUCAGUGUUUAAUUUCUUGGAGUGGAUUGUUUGUUAUCCCCAGUGGGUCAGACACCAGACCCAGCAAACAGCUGGUUCUCUUACCCCGCAGUUAAAUAGCUCUCUGGGAAUCCAGCUAUUAGUUUGACAUUGUGAAAUGUGUAUUUCCUCCCUCCCUCUCGCUCUCUCUCUGACACUAAAUUUCUCUCGCACUUCCUCUUUCUUUGACACGUUCUCUCUCUCUCUCUCUCUCUCUCUCUCUGUUCCUCUCUCUCUGACACUUUGGUUCUGACACAUAACUUUUCACUCUGUCGCUCUUGACUCAUUCUCUCUCUCUCUCUGUUAGUCUCAUUGUCUGACUCAGCCAGUCUGAUUCACAGGGAGAUGUGUAUCUGAUCGGGAAACACACAUGUCCUUAAGGCUAUCUACUUUUCAGCCACUGCGCAUUUGUCACAAAGGGAGGGAGACGACUACUAACAAAGGUGGCCUUUUCAAUCUGAUGAACAGCGUGGGCCAUGAGUCACAAACUUUCAUAAAAACUCCCCAGCGUUGUAACUGACGGAGUCAUCUCAGUCUAACUCUUAUGAACGUGCUCUUUUGUUUCCACCCGGUAACCGGAUAGCUCUGUGAGAGCACAUUUGAAUUUCCCCAGUUUUUUCGUGCGAGUCAGUAAAUCUGUAGCUCUACGUUUUGCAUUUAGUUUUUUGGGGGGGGAUUCAGCUUGGCUGUUUGAAUGUCUUUUUUCAACUGCCCCAACUAAAAAUGGUUUGGAGGCCAAAGAUGGUGUGUUUGUGUCGGUAGCUGGUGAACUAGUGCGGUACGAAGCGUUGACUGUAGUGGAGAGACCUCUCUGUGAUGUGUGGAGGCAGAAGUCAGCUGUCAGGCUUUGAUGAGCAAGGAGUGGGGGUG